AUGGCCGAUACCAAGGUGGAAUUGAUCAUGCUGGCCCAACACAACGAGAACGACGAUCUCGAUGUGGUUGUGGAGAGGGCGAACAAUAUCGAGCUGAAGCUCUCGACCACAGAACUGGCCAAUGCGGGUGUCCAGGGCAUCGCAACUCAAGAAUCUGGUUCCUACUCGAUUUGUGGCGAGAAGGAUCUACGCAAGACUUCGGCCCGCGGACGGCGUGGCGACUACUUCGUCUACCCGAACCACCAAGAAGCUGGAUCCGGCAGCAACGGCGCCGCCUCGCCGCGCACCCGCGCCGCCGUGUCGCCCUCCGCGUCGUACCACCCGCAGCACUUGAGUCCUCGGCUGAGCGUGUCUGUCGACAACGGCGAAGUGCGACAGCAGCGACAGCUCGCAAGCAGCGGAUCUGGCUUUCAGAAGGGCGAGACGCGCGACCACAAGCAACGCACUCCCGGCGUCGGCUGCCACAUGGCGACGCAGCGAGCUUCAGUUCACUUGGGUGGUGCGGUCGCACAGAGCAGCUGCGAUCAGCCCGGCGAUACACGUGGAGGUCUGGAGGUGGGCGAACAUCGAUUGCGUUCGUCUUCUCUCCCCGCCGCCGCCGCCGCCUCCGCCUCCUCCUCAACCCGCGAUCUCGCGCUGACGGGAGCUCCCGGGACCGCCGCCACUCACGAAAGCAGAUCGUCUGCCGGUGCCUCGGGCAUGGCGUACUUCAGCCCCCCGGUACAAGUGCGCUCCAGCAACGAGCUCCGCACUCGAUCGCGGCGCUCGAGGAGCGGCGAGUACACCACUUCGCGGGUCGUGCCGGUGACGCCUCCGUCCCCUCUCACUGCGCCGGCCCCGGCGAACGGGAGCAAGGCGUGGGGAUGUGACCAGCACGGGAACUGCGAACCGGGAGCGCCCCUCUUCCCGUCCUUCUUCACCAUCGAGAAAAUGGAGACCCUCCUUUCUCUCUCGGGGAUCAAGUUCAUCACGGCGGAGCUGCACACGGCUACGAUCGAGCGAACGAAGAAGAGCGGGAGCGAGAGCGAGGGGGACGCCAACGACGUGGGCGACACCGCCUGGGGGUCGCCCGACGACGUGCCCGCGCCUCAACAGCCCCAGCAGCAGCAGCAGCUCGACAAGGGCAGCCACAACGGCAGCGGCGGCCGAGAACUGCCGCGCGAGCGCAAGCGGCUGCAGAAGGAGGAGGAGGUGUUCCGGCUGUUCCUCCACUUCGGCAGCUACUCGGUCCCGUCGCUCUCCGGGGAGCACGGCCGGCCGCGGGCCAACACCACCGGCGGACACGCCAGCGGGGCGCCGCCGGCCGUGUUCGACGACCAGCGCGAGUGCCGCUUUUUCAACAAACGCGAACGCGCCGAGAAAUUCUUUGCGCAUCUAGUGCAGGAGCUGACGAAGGCCAACUACAAGAAGGUCUUCAUCCCGCCCUCGCCGCUGAUGGGCUCCUACGAGGCGCAGCUGCAGCUGUCGCGCGGCGGCGAGCUCUUCAAGCUGGCCGAGCACUGCGCGCUGCCCCACACCUCGCUCUCGCCCGCCCACCAGUCCAAGAUCGCCAAGGAGAUUCUUCACAUUCUCAAGAACUCGCCGCCCACCUCGCCCAUCUCCAAGACCAUCCAGAGCAAGUCCGUCGUGCGCUACCUCCUCAAGAACGCCUUCUACAACCUCUUCCCCUCCUACCCCUCUCCUUCAUCAUCAUCGUCGUCGUCGUCUUCAUCGUCUUCUUCUUCAUCAUCGUCGUCGUCGUCUUCGUCGUCGACGUCGCCGUCAUCAUCGCCGGUGACGUCGGACGAAGUCGGGACUCGACAGCCGAAGGCGGCCGCGGCCGCGGCAGCGCCACCGCCCUCGCCGUCGCUGUCGUCGCUGCGUCGCGUGGGCCGGAUCGUCAACGGGUCCUCGCCCUCGUUUUCGCCCUCCGUCCAGAGCUGGCGCGCACGGGGCGACCCCUCAUCGUCUUCUUCGUCUUCGUCUUCGCUUUCCUCGUCGCCGUCGGAUUCGUCGGCCAUCGCCGAACGCGAAGCCAAGGAAACGAACGAAAGCGAGCGAAAGAACGAAGCGCGAGAGCGCAAAGAGAAGGAGCAGCAGCAGCAACAACAGCGAAGCCAACAGCAGCCGCAGACGCAGCCGCAGCCGCGGGAGAAGCGAGAGCGGUCGCUAAUCGAGCGGUGGCGCAAGACCAUCUUCCGAAUCAUGGACAUCAUCCGCGAGAAGCACGAGGAGGGCUACUACGCCGACGACCAGGACUUCAACAACGCCCACUUCAUCAAGGAGCUCACCCAGUCCGACCUCUCGCACUGCUACCUCUACUGCCUCCUCAAGCCCUUCAUCUCCUCCCAGUACCACUCGCCCACCGGUGCGUUUGGGUUCGAGCGGCUGAGUUCGGUGGAGUUUGUGCAGCAGCUGGUGCGGCUCAACAAUCCACUGCUCGACCAGUUCAUCACCUUCAACUUCUACACAACCGUCAGCCCGAGCGCCGGCGCCAAGCCGGCGUCGACGCCCUCCAACCUGCUCUACUUCUGCAUGGACUCGCUGUUCCGGUUCCCGCGCAACAACAUCCUGCACAACCUGGUCCACGACACGGUGGCGGCCAUCUUCGGCCGCGACGAGAAGCGCAAGCGCGACCGCAAGGCCAGCGGGCCGUCGAGCCGCAGCAGCGCCACCGCCGGCGGCAGCGGCAGCUACACCAUCUACGGCAGCAGCGGCAACCACCGCAUCCGCGGGAGCUACGCCGGCAACAGCGGCGGCGCCGGCGCCGGCGGCUUCCAGGGCAAGCUCAACCGCAAGCUGGGCAAGUACAAGCGCGUGGCCGAGCCCUACGGCGGCGGCGGCGGUGGUCAGUACGGCCACGAUGAUGAGAGCAACGAGAUGGACAUCGAGGUGACGGCCCAGCUGUGCCCCGAGGAGGCGAUCGAGGACGAGCAGGAGCUCAAGGCCCGCCGCGAGCUGAUGGCCCGCAAGUGGGCCAAGGAGUCCAUGAAGCUCCGACGCGUGGCCCUCGUCGAGUGCGGACUGCUCGAGAAGCUCGUCGCCUACUUCCACGCCCUGCGGGCCGAGAAGGACGCGCGCCGUCGACAGCAGCUGCAGCAAAAGGAGGAGGCCGCGGCGGCUGCCGCUGCCAAAGAGGCCGCGGUCGACAGCGACGGCGAUCUCACCCUCAACUCGGCCGAGAGCGAUCCCAUCAAGACCGAGAUCGAAGAGGUCGAGGAGCUCGAGGAGAUCGAAGAAGUCGAGGAAGUCGAAGAGGGCAACGACACUGAGUCCCCUUCUACUUCGACGUCAUCGUCGUCGUCAUCGUCGUCGUCACCAUCAUCGUCACCAUCUUCUUCUUCUUCGACGUCGUCGUCAUCGUCGUCGUCUUCAUCGUCGUCGACGGAGGAGAUGAAGCGAAUUCUGGCCGGGGCGACGUGGGCCGGCGAGGAGAACCUGGGGCCGGUGGUGAAGAUCGUGAAUCGGAUGCUGCGCGGGCGCAACAACCAGUACCUCACCUGCUCGACGCACCUGCUCACGGGCGUGCUGGGCGUGGACGAGGCGCUGGCCCGGGCCUGGUUCGAGGUGGUCCACGCCGACCUGCGCGAGAUCAACGCCCUCGACAACAGCCGCCCGUUCGAGAAGCCACACGUCAGCUUCUCGUCGCCGCUCAAGAACUCGUUCGACAACUACCACCUCAACCUCCUCAAGUUCCACCGACGGUGA